CUAACAAGCCAGUCGUCGUAGGUUCGAGUUUCGGCUCGGGAGAGUCUGUUAGUGUCAGUAGGAUCGUAGCGCUGGCCCCGCAAUUGUCCUGUACACUAAACAGUUGGCUGCGAAGUCUGUGAUCACAAACAGGUCAAGUUCCGAAUUGGAAUGUAGCACCAAGGUUUUGCUUUGCUUUUCCAUUCGAGAAGCAUUCUGAGUAUGAGUACUAUGCAGAGCUUCAGCCAAAAAGCUUCUUUACCAUAUAAACGAAGACAGAUGGCAGGCUUGAUGGUGUUUUCAAGCAUGCGCAUACGCAGGUUGAAAAAAAGAAAUAAUUACUACCCAUACCAAACUUAAAACUGUUUGUUAACAAGCGAUUGAUGCUACCGGGCUAUAAUAUUAUCCACUUGUUUGUGUUCACUGAGACUACUGAAACGUUUGGGAGGUGAACGAGCGGUGUUAUUUCACGGAAACCUAUAAUGUCAGCGCAAAAGAAAAAUGAGUAUAUUAAAACGACUCUCCCACAGAAAAUACUGCAACAGUUGAACCGUAAUAGUGAUGAAGUUUUGUAUACGACUGUAAUUACUCCAGAGCAUUUAGAUGGAUUUAUGUCCGCUAUACAUAGGUUGGAGGUGGUAGUUAAACGAAAUAACGAUAGGUAAAAAUAUACCAGGUAGAAAAUUAAACCUGAUGGUCAAAGUAAUGAAAGGUGAUGAAACGUUCAGGGAACAUAACAAGGCAAAAGUUCAGUUUUCCAAUGAAAUUUUUAUCUAUACUGAAGUGCUCCCCCAGUUUACGCAACUACUGUUAUCGAGUGGCAGUCCAAUUAGGGGUGACGCCUGGUACCCGAAAGUAUUAUACGGAGCAGCUGGAAAGUUUCCUGACUACAGUGACCAAUUCGAAACAAUGUUAGUAAUGGAAAAUGUGGCAUUGAAUGGAUUCAAAGCUGGACCACGACACGACCUGGAUGAAGAUCAUUUGAUGCUGAUGGCCAACAUAAUUGCCCAAUUUCAUGCUUGCACAUAUGCCAUGAAAAUUAUGGACCAUAAGAAUCUGGAUCAACUCCUUAUUGGAAUCACGCCGCUUAAUUUCGCUGCAGAUGGGAAGGAGCUCCAUAGCAAUGCUGUUUUAGUCAAAUUGGGGCUGAAUCGCGUUCUUAAGUUUAUUGAUAAGCAUCCUGAGGAACUGGAUUCCGAAUCAUUUAAAAAGGAUAUGAUUAAACUACGUGAUAAGUAUGCAAAAUCGCCAGUUGAUUUGAUGCAAAAGUUCCUUCAACGUGAUCAAUAUUCGGUAUUUCUUCUUGGAGAUUACAAUCGAAACAAUGUCUUGUUCAAAUAUGAAGAAGGUCAUCCGGCGGAUCUUCGUAUGUUUGAUUUCCAGCUAACUCGUUAUGCAAGUCCUGCCAUCGAUUUGAGCCUUUUCAUGUGUAUGAACAUAUCUUCCAAUUUAAGAGCACGUUUAUGGAGUCAAAUCCUACGUCACUAUCAUAAUAAUUUAAUCAAAACUUUAACUGACAUAUUGAUUUGCAAUCCAGAUGAUGAAAAACUGAAACCAUACACGUUUGAAAAGUUCAUAAAACACUUUCAAAAGUUUGCUUUGUACGGAGGAAUGGUAGCAACUCAUUUUUUGCCCUGGAUGCUUUGUUCAGAGGAAGAAUGCGCUCAGCUUGCGUACCACUUCGCUAAGGAUUUGGACUCAGCCGAAAUGAAGCACUGGGCAACGGUUUGCGGAGGAGAAGUUAUGGCAGGAGAUUGGUGGAAAUUUUCCGGCACCUAAGUCAAUCAGGAUGUUUUUCUAUAACAGAUUAGGUUGAAGUAAUAAAAUUUUUAUGCAAUUCAAGAA